AGUGCACAUCAACAUCCGGGUCACGGAGACCGUCCGAGCAGACCCCCUGCUUCCGGAGCGAGGCCGCCAGUCAAACACGGUAAUCCCCAGGGACUCUCUCUGGCUGUGGAAGUGACAUGUGUUAACUAAUGAAGACUAGAUAAGUGUCAAAACAGAGUGAGCUGAGGAAGGAUGGAUUUCACAGAGGCCUAUUCAGACAGAUGCUCCAGUGUUGGACUUGCAGCUAGAGAAGGAAAUGUCAAAAGUUUGAGGAAACUAAUUAAACAGGGAUACAGCAUUGAUGUUCCUGAUAACAGAGGGUGGAUGCCAAUCCAUGAAGCAGCAUUUCACAACUCCAGUGAAUGUCUGAAGUUGUUAAUUAAUGCAGCUCCAUCUGAUAACUACAUAAAAUCAAAGACAUUUGAGGGUACAUGUGCAUUACAUCUUUCUGCAAAUAAUGGAUGUUUGGAAAGCAUCAAUGUUCUCUUGGAGGCAGGAGCUGAGACUAAUGAUGUUACUUAUGAAGAAACUACUCCGCUAUUCCUAGCUGUAGAAAAUGGACAUCCAGAAAUUAUAAAGCUUCUACUCCAACACGGAGCAAAUAUUAAUGGAUCCCAUUCUUGGUCUGGAUGGAAUUCUUUGCACCAAGCUUCUUUUCAGGGACAUACUGAAAUAAUAAAAUUGCUUCUUGAAAAAGGAGCAAACAAGGAAUGUGUGGAUGACUUUGGAAUCACACCUCUGUUCAUUGCUGCUCAGUAUGGGAAGCUGGAGAGUUUACGAGUACUUAUAUCACAUGGUGCAAAUGUCAAUUGUCAAGCCAAGGACAAAGCCACUCCAUUAUUCAUUGCUGCACAGGAAGGCCAUACCGAGUGUGUGGACCUAUUGUUAUCAAAAGGGGCCAAUCCAAAUCUCUACUGUAAUGAGGAGGAAUGGCAGUUGCCUAUUCAUGCAGCAGCCCAAAUGGGCCAUAGCAACACAUUGGGAUUGCUAAUACCAGUUACUGAUCGGACCUGUGACACAGGAAAAGACAAAGUGAGCCCUGUCUAUUCAGCAGUUUAUGGUGGUAAUGAAGAAUGCUUGGAAAUGUUACUUAAAGAAGGCUAUAGCCCAGAUGCUCAGAAGUGCCUAAUCUUUGGCUGCAUAUCACCUAUGUGCAUGGUUUUCCAAAAGAAGUUUUAUGGUUUAAUUCCUAUUCUUCUGAAGCAUGGGAUCCACCUACUCGGGAUUAAUUUAGAAUAUUGCCUGCAUCACAAAAAGUUUUCUUGGUUUCGGCACUUCUUGAAGGUGGGCUGCCCAAUGCCUUCUGGGGAACGCUUACUAGAGUUUACAAAAUAUGCCGUUAAAGCGCAAGAACAGUACAAAGAAUGGCUACCAUAUCUAUUGUUGGCUGGAUUUAAUCCACUGAAUCUGUUGUGCAGACUGUGGAUUUAUUCUGUGAAUGAUGACAUCCUUAAUUUCACUCUGGAGUUCACUAACUGGAAAAGGCUUCCUCCAGCUGUAGAACAAAAUCUCUCUGACCACAAAGAAACCUCCACCUGGGUUCCACAUAACCAUUUUGCCUUUAUCCCUUCCUUGGCUCACCUUUGUCGUCUUGAGAUCCGGUCCAUUUUAAAAAGUGAACACCUACAAUCUGACCAGUUUAUCCGUAAAUUGCCCUUGCCCACUUGUCUACAGGACUAUCUGCUGUAUUUAGAUAUAUUGAGAAUAAAUGGCAUUCCAGAACUGGUGGAUGUUCAGGGUGAAUGGGAUGAAGGAACAUUUUACCCAACUCAUUCCAGUUCAGAAGACACCAAGAAGGGAGGCAUGUGUUGCUGA